UUGAGGUCCCCGCCUGCCACGUCUGCAAUCUCGGGGUGUGCAAGCGUCGAGCUGGGUUCAUUUGCCGUCAUAGUCUAUUUCUAGAACUGCUAAGUAUUGUGUCCUGCAGCGGCCUGACCUGGCGCUAGGACUAAACGGCACGCACUAGACUUUCCAAGGCUUGCAAGGCAACAACUUUUUCAGCCAUGGCCGCGCUGGGCAAUCUUCCCAUGGGACUGGGCAGUGGCGCCUCUUCGCUGCUGCAACGACGUGCUAUUAGCUCGCCCGGCCGGCUGGCACCCCAGCGGCCGCGCAUGGCUACAGUACUGUCAGCGAAUGUUGUUUCACCGGCAAGCACCAGUCAGCCAGCGUCGCCCGCCGUGUACCUAGCAGCCAGUGGGCCGGUAGCACUCAGCUCGACCACGAGCUCCGCUGCGGCUGGCCUUCACACGGAUUCAUCGCUGCCCGGUCACUUCGCUCGCGUCUUCGUGGCCGCUGCGCUGGCUCUGUCGACGGUCUACGCGCUGCUGGCAGCACCUAGCGCAAGCAACGACGGAUCGGCUUUCGCCGCGAUCGCAACUGCCCCCGCAGCUGUACCACCGCUUUCGCCGGAUGCAUCUUUGCCGGGCUUCGCUGCUCAGCCCUUCGUCUCCGACCUGGCCGUCCUGCGCACGCCUGACCAGUUUGAUUCGUUCGUGGUGGCCGCCAACCGCGCCGGGUACCUCGCGAUCGUGCUGUUCCACGCGCCCUGGUGCAACGCCAGCAGCCGCAUGGAGUCGGAGCUGCAGCGCCUGUCCCACAUGUUUUGCGGCCGCCGCGUCGUGUUCGCGCGCGUCAACUGCUCUGUCGCCAUCAAGCAGGGCGGCGUCGGCCGCCUGGGCCAGCUCCCCGCCGCCGCGGCCACCAACGCCACCAACGCCGGCAUCAACUGCGCGCACAGCCUGCAGCAGCAGCAGCACCAGCACCACCAGCAGCUGGCGGCGGCGGCGGGCGGCUCGCCGCAGCCGGUGCAGCGGCUGCGGCUGGGGCUGCAGCGGUGCGACCUGACGCAGAUGCACCGCAUCCACAAGACGCCCACAGUGCGCAUGUACUUCAACAACGCCUGCGUGGACGAGGUGGUGGGUUGCCGACCGGUGGAGUUCCGCCAGGCCACUUCCGACCUGAUGUUCAAGUACAGCCUGUGAGUCCGAACGCGGGGUCAGCCUCUGAGACCGAGCAACAGCCGAUCAACGACUUCAAAGGCUGGGCCGGGGUUCAGCUUCUGAGACGGAGCAACAGCCUGAGACCGAGACUGAGGUCAACCUCUGAGACCGAUUUUCAGCUCUGCAAGCGUUUGCUGAGCUUUGGGCCGGAGUGCCUGGUAAACGAGGAGGCGAGGCGGCCAAUCGCAGUGACGACACGAAGAAAGCCAUUUUGCAGAAGCAAGCGGAGAGACCACGGGCAUGAGAGAGAAUGCGAGAGAGUGCGGGCGGCAGGUGCGGGCCGGUGACGGCCCCGGCUGCGUGCGCGACAGCACUGCGAAAAAGGGGUGAUGGGCAGCAAUUCCGGACGGGGUAGAAUGGGCGGAAUGACGUCCCGGGCGCGUUCCACCCGGCGUAAAUACAUGUGAUAGUAUUUUGCUGGAAGUGCAUGGGCAAGCGUAAGCAGGCCUGUGCAUCAGGCUUACCAGAUAUCCAUAACAUAUGCACACACAAGCACACGGCUGGGUUGGAUUAUAUGCCUGUCGUCCCUUCUGCUUCCAGACGAAGGGACGCGCAUUGGGGGCAUGGUGACUGGCACGCGGUUCAGCAAGGAGCGUGUCAUCCGUAUGCCUCCCAAGCAGAUGACAUGUGCUACACACGGACGGACUUUGACUAAUGAUGGGGUUGGAAUGACGUGGAGCGGCUGCCAGGGGCUCUUUCCCGGCGACGAAUCCAUGAAUCCAACCUUUUUGCACUUUGGUGCAAAGCGAGAGAGCAUUUAAUGGGAAGUUGGCACCGGAUUGCAUCAACCGCAACUCGGCUGUGUGCGCGUGUGACGGUGUGACCCUGACAGGCGUGGACCAUUUCGACUCGAUUGCAUUCGCCCGCGCUUGGGGCUGGCGUAGCAGUACGGCAAUAUUGUUACCGACUUACCUUAACUUUCCGCGACCGCUGCGGACCUGAGGACCGGUGUGUCUCGGCUGCGUUUUUGAAACAUUUUAUGCUGUGACGUAUGCAAGUGUGUGAACGAAAUUGAAUGCGAGAAGCGAGAUUGAACGCUGGUACUUUGGGUCCAGCCUCUCAGUAGCUUUCUCCCGGCGGCCCGAGUGACAUGGUACGGCAGCGCGAACCGGCAAGGUGCGCUCUGUUAGGUGGCGGGGCAUUUUGAUACUAGUACACGUCGGUCGGUCAUGAACAACCAAAAAUGGAGAGUUUUGAGGCGUGUUCCUGCUUGGCACGGGGGGGUUGAGAGGGACGGCGGGCGCGGGGGCUGGACGGACGGAAGUGAGUCGCGCGUACCGUAGAUGCGGCUCCAAGGAGAAACGGCUCAGCGUUUUGGGAACGGGGGACAGGGGUGACACGGGUCGUUGCAGUUGGUGUGAUGGUGUGGAUCAGUGUGUAUCACACGCUGGAGGUUGGAGGUUUUGCGCGCCUGAGGGCAAGGAUGGGAGUUGGGGUUGUUGGGGCAAAGGCCGGGGGCCAUGCCCUGCCUGAACGCAGUUGAAGGCACGAACGCAAUCGCAGGGGCUUCGGGGAAAUAAAUCCGCAUUUGAUGGGCACGAGGGGUGCUGGGUGGCGAUGUUCUGGGCGGCGCAGAUGCGCUAUGUACGUACGCGUGCUUAUGUGAGUCCACGUGUGUGUAACAACAAAGCCAU